AUGAAAGACAUAAAUUCACAAUCGACUCUAACUGAAUAAUCAAAUGACAUUCUAUCAGAACAAUAAAUGGUGGAACCAUCUAUGCUGAUCAAGUACAAUGAUAAUAUGACAAUUGAUAUUGAUGAUUAAGGAUCAGUGUCGAGAAAAAUGAACAUGAAGAAUAAAAAAAAAAAACGAUAAGGAAGAAAAUCAAGAGACUUUACGAUAUAGGAAGAUUAAAAACUUCUGGGUCUCGUUUUAAUGUUUGGACCAAAGUUUAAAACAAUUUAACGAAAGAUGUCUGGAAGGCCAUUAAAUAUUCUGAAGAAUAGAUACUAUCGAGAUUUAAGAUAUAGAUGGGAUGAGAUAUUGGGAAUUGAAUAUGCCUAUUUGAAUGAAAAAAAGGUUGAUCUGAGUCUGGAUGAAAUUUGGAAGGCUUCUCCGCUUGAUCCAGAUUUAUCAAAAAUUAUGAUGAAUAUGAUAACACAAUUUUAAAAUGUGAUAACUAAAUGCUUGAUUUGAGAGAGUCUUGUGACUCGAUGAUUAAAUUUAUUCAUAUAUUAAGAGUUAAAUAUCUAUUUUUGCGU